GUUCACCGUAGCAGAUAGUUACCAAAUUCGAGUGACUUUAUGGUCUUAGCAGUCAAGUACUCAUCUUGCUCAGCUAGCAGAAUGCUUGCUGAUGUUAUAAAAUUCGGCAGAACCUUGUAACCUAAGGCAUUUGAUUUUGGGGUUUAUUACCAGAAUGUAAUUUGCAUCCACUCCAUAAAUAAAAAGUAUAAGCUAACAGUUAGAAAGAGGAUUUCCUAGUGGUAGACUGGAUUGUAGAUUUUCUAAUAAUAUAGACCAAUCUUCACCCUUUAAAUCUGAAUUUUUUGUACACAACGUUAUACACAAGGGAUCUGAAAUUGGUGGCUCUGAAGCUUUGCUGCCAAAAUUGCAAAAGAAAAAUUACAUAAGCCCUUCUGAUGGUAAUACAGCAGAAGACAAAACAAUAUAGUCCAACCACAUGUAUCACUUGGUUUUAUCCAAGAACCACAAUAUUUGUGGCCACUCUCUCUCUUUAAAUUUCUACAAAACCUCCUCAACAAGCCCAUUUCAACACCUUCCACAACUCAACCAACAAUGAAUGACACAGUAGACAAACUUGUAAUCUUUCUAGCAAAGAGAGAUGGGAUUGACAAGCUUGUCAAGACUUUCCAAUAUGUCUCCAAACUAGUCCACUGGCAUGUAGAGAAAACACACCCUGAUGCUGCCACCAGGGCCAAGCAAUGGGAAGUCGCCUCCGGCCUCAGCCGGAAAGCCUUCCGCUCGGGUCGGUUCCUCACCGGCUUCAACGCACUGAGGCGGAAUCCAGGCACGACAACGACGUUCCGUCUCCUCGCGGUGCUUUCUAAUGCAGGUGAAAUGGUUUACUUCUUCUUUGACCAUUUCCUUUGGCUAUCAAGAAUUGGAGUCUUGGAUGCAAAACUGGCUAGGAGAAUGAGCUUCAUAUCAGCAUUUGGUGAGUCCUUCGGCUACAUAUUCUUCAUGGUUUCUGAUAUUAUACUGAUUCAAGAGGGGAUUAAGGCAGAGAGAAGGAUAGUUAAAUCAGGGGAUGAAUCAGAAGAUUCAAAAGGGAAGAUCAAGAACAUCAGGGGUGACAGGGUGAUGAGAUUGAUGGCUGUGGCUGCUAAUUUGGCAGACUUGAUCAUUGCGUUGGCUGAUAUUGAGCCUAACCCUUUCUGCAACCAUGCUGUUACACUAGGGAUUAGUGGGUUGGUUUCUGCAUGGGCUGGUUGGUACAGAAAUUGGCCAUCAUGAACAAGAAUGUUCAGGAGUUUUGGUAAUUGUUGGCAGAUUCUUGUUUCAGUCCUGCACAUGAGAAAAUUUGUGUUUAAUGAUGAUAUACUUGCUACCCAAAGAAUUUAUAUGGAAUUUACUUGUUCCGAUGCUAUGUUACACUUAA